UCCCGGCUGUCUGGAUGUGCCAAACAUGAGGCCAGUGCCCGAUCGACAGCGCCAUGCAAGGCCGAAGUGAUCGACCUCGAAGACGGCACGGACGAGGCCGAAGGAGAAUACUCGGAUGAGAGGGAAAGCCUCCCUGCGCCAGCCAAGGUGCUAGCGGCACCAGCGGCACCACCAUCCUCGAGCGUGUUCGCUCAAGAGCGGGCGGAGAUGCUGUGCGCACCAGUGGCCAAAUUCAAGCCGGCAGCUUAUCUUUUCUGGGAGGCUGGUGCCGAUGUUCCCUUCAUGCACGUCGUCAACGCAUUCAGAACAGUGGAAUCCACGAACGGGCGGUUAAAGAUUGUAGAACUACUGACCAACAUGUUCAGGUGA